AUGCCUCCCAAGCGUGGUUCACGCCGUGGAGGAUCAGUUGCCAGACAGACAGGUCCCACUGAGAGUCCUGCUGGCCCGCGCCAGUCUCGGGAUCGCAGUUCUGUUGCCAGCCAAAGUAAUGAAUCUCGCGUGACCACGCGCUCUCAGCGCCGCUUGGCUUCGACAAGCGUCUCUCCUGUCCGUCCUCCUUCAAAACGCGAUGCUAGUCCCGAUGAGAUACAAGUCCUCGAGUCCCUCCGCGAAGCUUCUGCAAGCGUUUCACGUUCCAAUUCCCCGGAACAACAUCCUGCUGAGACUGAACCUGGCGCUUCUACCGCCACUCCCUCUCCACCUGUUCAGCACACCAUAUCUACCACUUCAACCCCGGCUGCGCCAACCCUUGACCACUUAACAAAUGGGGACAGCCCUCCGGAGCAUCCAACUGACGACAGGGCCGCUUCUUUCGCCUAUCCUCCUCCGCGCUUUGGAUCUCAGUCGAUUCCGAGUUCUCCUCAACAUGCAGACUCCGUCGAUAACGAGUCGACGAUUUCUUGGAGGCUUGAACGUGACUUGCAUCGCGAUGAAAUCCAGCGUACUCGGCCGAACAAGUAUCGGCAGUCACCACAUGGUAGAAACAUCACUGCCCCGCCUCGUCGUCUUUCUGGUCUUACAUUUCUCAAUGAUACGAUCCACGAGCAACCGGAUCCAGCAUCUCCUCACGUCUCGAGUGCCCCUGCGAAGACAGUCAUAUCGACAAUUGCUGCGCGAGACAGUCCUGAUCAUGACUCCACUGUGGAUGAUGCUCCGGCCAGGUCUGUCGGCCAGUCAACCACCUUCGCUACCGCAUCUGACACUUCAUCCUUGAACCGCAUUAGGUUCAUUAUAAUCCCGAUUCUGGUGGCUGCUGCUGCCUUUGGCCUCUAUUACUUUGGUGAGCAGCUGGCGGCGGCAACGCAGGCACUCACUUCGUCGCUUCCAUUCAGCCAGCAACGUCCGUACCCGACCCUC